AUGGCCUGGUGGCUGAGGGUUGUCGGUGUCCUAUGGCUGCAGGCCGCAGCGCAAAGCGCGUGGCAGACCUGGGGCACGGAGGUCUUCGUCGAAUUUCUGCAAGCGCUUGGCUGCGAGCAGUGUGGCCACGUGCAAGAAGAACCCACGCUCCAGGCACGCUUCGAAGUGUCGAGUAACAUCUUCGGGUGUGCAGAUAUCGAUGUGCUACUUCCUUCCAUUCAUUGGCUAUACCAGGCAGCGCGGCAGCAGAGUGGGGGCAGCCCUCCUGGCCUCCUAGUGGACGGUGGGGCAAAUGUUGGCAGAGCGACAGCCCGAUGGAUAGCGAGCUUUGGUGAUGCUUUCGGCCGGCGUGUAUCCAGGAACAGCACUCAAGCAACUUGUGUGGUUUGUGCCGGGGCAGAUGCGUCGGAGGCUGGUGGUGGCCUGGAUGCACCAACGGUGGUGGUCGUAGCUGUGGAGCCAUCCGCAUCCAACUUCGAGCUGCUGCUGAAGCAUGCUGAAGAGCACAGCUGGAAUGAAGAAGGAUUCCUGCCAUUGCAGGCCGCGUUGGGUGGUGCUGCUGGGCGCGCGCAGUUGGCAGUCGACAAACACUUCGCAAUCGACGAGACCGCUACGCUUCUGUGGAAAGAAACAGAUCAACGAGUCAAGCAGCCUGUCGAGGUUAUAACUCUCUCGCGUGUUGUUGCUGAAGCACAGAGAGCUUUUCCAGGCUUACAGCAUGCUUCCGAGAUCUAUCUGCUCAAGCUAGACAUCGAAGGCUUGGAGCCGGCUGUGCUGAGGUCGAUGGCUUCAGGGCGUCCGCGUGUCAAGUUUGUGAGCUUCGAAUACGCGUCCAACGUUUGGAGAGAAAAGCUGUCCCAAGUUGUUGAGGACCUUUUUCGCGCUCAGUAUUUCUGUUUCCUGAUCACGUCCGAGCAACUCUUUCCUGUUUCUGGUCCCUUCUGGAGUUAUCGGUUCGAGAUUCCUAUGUGGAGUAAUUUGUUCUGCGGUCGAGAUGGCGACCCAGAUCUGGAGGCGUUGGUGCAGUUGCACAGCGGAGCUGUUGGAUUGUGGCCUCGUAUGCCCGGGACAUACUUGGCGGGGUUUGCCAGUCGUGACCAGCACGUAGGUGGCCUCCUCGAGGUGCAGCAUGCUUGCACUGAUUUGGGUGCGGCCUGUGCUGGAGCCUGCGGCUUGCGCUGA